AUGGGAGAGUGCAGCCACCCCGUCGAUUCCUCCAACAUUCCAUUCCCCCAACGCCCUAUAAUUAUUCUUGGGGCAGGUAUCAUUGGCUGUGCUACGGCAAGACAGCUCCUUCUCAAGGGCUUCUCCGUUAUUCUGGUGGCGGAAUAUCUACCAGGGGACCAGAAUAUCUUCUAUGCAUCAGCCUGGGCCGGAGCGGCAUGGCACGCAGCAGGUGGAAUCAGCCCUGAGUAUCGAUAUAUCCAAGCCGUUUCCUACAGACAUCUACUCAAAAUGGCACGAGAGGAGCCCGAAUCCGGAGUCUGUAUUGUUGAUUCCCGAGAAUAUCUGGAGGACGCCCCAUCUGAGAACUCUUCCAUCUGGGGGAAAACCGUACUGUCCAAGUUCCGUGAUUUAAAUCCGGACGAAUACCCCCCGAACUUCAAUUGUGGGUGGGCCUACGAAUCCGUUGUGACCGAUCCUACGCAUCACAUGCCAUACCUUCGCGAGAAGAUUCUUGCUCUCGGUGGUCAGUUUAUUCGAAAACGGGUCGCCUCUUUAUCUGAGCUGUACACGUUGUUUCCAGAGUCAAGAAUUUUCAUCAAUGCAAGUGGAGUAGGGAGUAAAACACUGCAUGAUGUCCAGGAUGACAAGUGUUUCCCUGAACGAGGCCAGAAUGUGUUCUUUCGAACAAGUAACUGCAACACGAUGUACUUCCGCAACGGCAAAGAGUACACCUACGUGAUCCCUCGUCCUCAAUCCCAUGGUGUAGUCUUGGGAGGUGUCAAACAAAGAGAUAGUUUGUCCCCAGAUGUAGACAUGGAUAUCGCCAGAGACGAGAUCGCACGUGCACAUCGUCUGGCCCCUGAAAUUGUCCCAGAAAAUCCUCCUGAAGACUCACUCAGCUAUAUCGUCGGCAUUCGUCCUUCGAGAGAGGGUGGGUUCAGGCUAGAUUCUAAGCAAAUUGGAGCUCGUAUCAUCCUCUCGGCAUACGGAUUCGGUGGUGGUGGAUACGCCUUCUCGUACGGUAUAGGAGAUGCUUUGGUGAACAUGGUCGAAAAGGCUGAGAGGGAUAAUAUUAUCCUCUGA